UGAAUGACAUCGUACGGAACAACCCAGUCAGUAGUUUAGGGAAGCAAAUGAUGUAAACAGUGCUACAUUUCUACAUUACGUACAGUAGCAAAACUUUAUCAACUUUUUGUCGUUGCUUUAUUGGUUUUAUAUGCUAUUGAUCCUCUGUAGAAAAAAGUUGAAUUCAGAUUCUUGCUGCUAAAGAGCUUUUAAGCUCUCCAUUUCUUAAAAAUGAUCAAAUUAUUUUCGCUAAAAAACCAACAAACAGAAUCCAAUAGGAGUGGCAGUGGUGGGAAGCGAGCUUCAGCUGCACAGCUAAGGGUUCAAAAGGAUUUAUCAGAGUUGCAAUUACCAAAAACUUGUCAAACUGAGUUUCCAGAUAAAGAUGAUUUAUUAAAUUUCAAAUUAACAAUUCAGCCUGAUGAGGGUUUUUAUAAAAAUGGUCGUUUUAUAUUUACAUUCAAGGUUGGACCGAAUUAUCCUCACGAACCACCAAAAGUAAAAUGUGAAACCAUGGUUUACCACCCAAAUAUUGACUUAGAGGGAAAUGUAUGUUUAAAUAUCUUAAGAGAGGACUGGAAACCAGUACUUACUAUAAAUGCUAUAGUCUAUGGUAUACAAUACCUUUUCCUGGAACCAAACCCAGACGAUCCUCUAAAUAAAGACGCGGCUGAAGUUUUACGUCAAAAUCGACGACUAUUUGAACAAAAUGUUCAACGGACUAUGAGAGGAGGUUACGUGGGAAGCACGUAUUUCGAACGUUGUUUACGAUGAUCAUAUUAUAUAGUAAAAAAAUGUCUUUUUGAAUGUUAAAGGGUCAAGUGAUGUUAAAUAUCCGGAACCGAUUUACAGGUGACAACGUUUGUUUGCUUGUCGGAACAAACAUAAUGAAAAGAAUAUAUAGCACGGUUUAUUCUGGUGACACAUGUCUUAGUUGUCAGGGAUACGGAAGAAAUUUGUUUUUAUAUAUAUUUAUAAACUGUUAUAAUAUUAAUUUCGCUUUUUAUGGUAAGCUGGAACGUCAUGUCUUGAAAAUAUUGUUUUUUAACGUUG